AUGGCCUCACAAACACCUGCGGCUUCGGAGGACCUGUGUCCGGUCGAUAUCAAGCCGCUUCUGGCCAAGAUGUGGCCUAACGACAACCGGGUGACGGCAGAUGAGAUCGCGGAAGCCGUGUCGCACUUUUUCACAAACCAAGUCACCCCUGCGCAGACAGCCUCGCUACUCAUGGCCUUGCACUUUACGCAGAUGGACUUCCAGCCCGAGGUUCUCGCCAAGUGCGCAGCCGCCAUGCUCAAAGCCGCGGCGCCCAUCCCGGUCGACGACAUCAACGCAGUUAUUUUGAAACGCGGGCGCAAGGAGGGCAAGUACAAUGGCGGACUUUGUGACAUUGUCGGCACUGGUGGUGACUCUCACAACACAUUCAACAUUAGCACAACGGCCUCCAUAAUAGCAUCGGCCUUGCUCCUCGUCUCCAAGCACGGCAACAAGGCCAGCACCUCUAAAUCGGGCAGCGCCGACCUGAUUGCCAAUAUGCAGCCCCGGCCCCCUGUCGUCGCCGCCGUCACGCCCGCGAACCUCGCCAAGAUCUACGCGGCCACAAACUACAGCUUCCUCUUCGCGCCCCUCUUCCACACCGGCAUGCGCUUCGUCGCGCCCAUCCGCAAACAGCUGCCCUGGCGCACCAUCUUCAACAAUGUCGGCCCGCUCGCCAACCCUGUCGAGGCCGUCCUCGAGUGCCGCGUGAUUGGCGUUGGUCGCAAGGAUCUCGGGCCUGCCUUUGCCGAGGCCCUGCGAUCCGUCGGCUGCCGCAAGGCCAUGAUUGUCUGCGGCGACGAGGACCUCGACGAGCUCAGCUGCGCCGGCCCGUCGCACUGCUGGAUGCUCAAGGAGAAGACGCCUGGCGGCGAGACGUACACCGACUACUUCACAGUCGAGCCCAGCGAUUUCGGUGUCUCGACGCACGGCCUGAAUGAGGUGUCUUCUGGCAAGGAGCCGAAAGAGAAUGCGGCGAUUCUGCAGCGCAUCCUGCAUGGGGAGCUCCAGGAUGAUGACCCGCUCGUCGAGUUUGUCCUCAUCAAUGUUGCGGCCCUCUUUGUCGUCUCGGGCAUCUGCGAGGCGGAAUCGAGCAACAUGGGCACAGGCGAUGAUGGCAAGGUGAUUAUAGAGCGCGGUCCUGGUGGACAGCGCUGGAAGGAGGGUGUGCGGCGCGCCAAGUGGGCGAUUCGCAGCGGCGAGGCUUGGAAGCAGUGGUCGGCCUUUGUCGACAUCACCAAUGAGUUGGGUGCGUAG